AUGGACCUCUAUGACGUCUCGAAAGAUGCCGGACAGAUCAGUCUCAUGAAGAGGCUCGAACGUUCCAUUGUGAAAGCAGAUGAGAACAAGGGACAUCUUGCCUACUACCACCCUCCCGAAGUCGUCAUCCGAACGUUUAUCAACAAAUUUCAGCCUGGGCCCCAGGGACCGCCGAUGAGACGCGAAGACCAAAAGACUACAGGUCAUGUAAUGCUCAUCACAAACCCUUAUACACCGUCCAUCACUCCGGUAGCCGAGCUUGAAGCCAUGCCGCUCUCACAGAUGCGCCUCCUGACGCCACAGCAUGGCAAGAAGGUCCUCAUACGCGUUAUCACCCCCCCAGUUCGAGACACCACUACUGUCAAAGCCGUUGUCGAAGACGAAGAAGGAACAGCUGCUUUCCUGGAACUUUCCCAGCAGCUCGAAGACAAGGUAGAACCACAUUGGGAGGUUGUGCUUCGCAAUUCAGUCGCCAUCAUCAAGGAGCCGUUCUUCAUCGACGAACCUUGCGCUGUGAAAGUCGACCACCCAGGUGAUAUCAUUUGGCUGCGCGAAGGAGAUGAAAGGAUCCCGCAGAAGUGGAGAGUCGUCAUGAAUCGCGGCGUACCUGACAGCCUGCCGCACAACACCGACUUUUACCGGAUGUAUGGCAACAAAUGCAUGGGUGAGAAGCAAUUCGCAGCAGCCCACCGCAUCUACUCCCUCGCGGUCGAGACAGCAGAGACUUUCGAGCAGAAACGAAUGACCUACCUGAACCGAUCGCUCGCCAACCUGAAGCUCGAUCGGCCAGCAAAAGCCUUAGCCGACGCUACCGCUCUCGACAGCGAGACCUCCGAACCGCAUGAGAAGACCCUGUAUCGUCAGGCCCAAGCUCACUAUGCUCUUGGUAAUUUCGAAGAAUGUGACGCAAAACUCCAGACCCUUCUCAAGAGCUUUCCGGAGAACAAGGCGGCCAAGGCCCAAAUUCGACGCUCUGGGGUCCGACAGCAUGAACAGAGAACUGGCGACUACAACUACAAGAGCAUGUACGAGCAGGCAAAGGCAACACCUCCGUUGAUUGACUGCGCUACAUACUCCAAGCCCGUCGAGGUUCGCGAGUCCCCCGGUCGUGGUCGUGGCCUCUUUACGACCAAGGCUGUGGCUGCUGGAGACCUUGUUCUAUGCGAAAAGGCAUUCUCAUACUCCUUUGUUGACGAAACCCUGAGCCCCACCCGUAUGCUCAUGAACUUGGCUACUCAGAAGAUUAUCAUUGGAGGCCCAGCUUACUUGCUGCCACAAGUUACGCAGAAGUUGUAUCACGACCCUCAGUUGCUUCCUGACUUCUAUGAGCUUUAUCAUGGAGAGCCCAACAAGGUGGAUGUCGUAGAGUGUGAUGGCGCACCCGUUGUUGACUCGUUCAAGGUUGAGAAGAUCAUCGCCAUGAACGCCUUUGGUGCCCCGAGAUCGACUUGCGAGAACCUGAAUGAUACCGAACGCGGUCGCAACCAGUCGCUGGAGCCCAUGUAUAGCACAUUUCCCACCGCCGGUAUCUGGCUUAUGGCUUCCAAGAUCAACCACUCUUGUGUUGGCAACUGCCGCCGCUCUUUUAUUGGCGACAUGCAGAUUGUUCGGGCUACCAAGGACAUCCCAGCCAACACCGAGCUGCUCUUCUGCUAUCAUCCUCCCAGCGGGUUGCAGUGUUACGGCGAAGUGCAGGAUCAUCUCUCCGAUUGGGGUUUCGUUUGCGAGUGCGCGCUCUGCAAAGAUCGAAAGAACACUAUCAACACCCAGCUGCAGCGACGCGCUGCUAUCUUCAACGAGUGCUUUGCACAUUACCAAGGCACCGGGGACAUCGAUAUUGCCAAAGGCAACCGACUCUUGAGGGGAAUCAAGAGUACGUACAAUGGAAAGGCAGCCAAGAAGGUUCGAAUUGAACUCGCAGUCGCCUAUACCGCUGCCUGCUCCUACUACGCAAGAGAGUGCAUGGCCUCCGAGGGUGGCGACACCGCCAUCAAGGCACUCGAAGCGCUGGGCUUCACCAUUAUGGCCUCAUUCACCGACCAGCCCAGACUCAAGGUCAAGGAGUGGGGAAUGGUGCACAACUAUGUGCCUUUUUUGUUUCUUCAGCUGGUUCAUGUUUACCGAGAUAUGGAGCCUGAAGUAGGCACAACUGCGCGAAAUUACGCCAAGCUUGCGUACUCCAUGCUCGUCGGGGAGAAAGAGACUAUGCCGAACAUGCUUUGCUGUGUUGACUGCGGCUGUUCCCUCUGA